AGGCCCGAGGACGCGUCCGAGCAGUGGCCCCCUCCGCGCGCCCGCCCACGCGCGCGGGCGCUCCAGCGGAGGACGGGGGGCGGCGCCGGCCAGGGAUGGCAGCCGACGGCGGGGCGACCGCCGCCGUCCCUCAGGGGCCCGCCGGGCACGCCGCCAAGCGGCUCGCGCGCCCGUCCUGGCGCAGAGGGCCCCCGCGACGGUCUGGAGGACGUCACCAUCUCCUCGAUCCUGCAGGACGUGACGAGCGUGAACGACCGGCUCGUCGAUCUGUUCAUCUCCCCUGCGGAGCAGGACGAGGCGUCCAGACAGGGACCCAGACCUUCGGGCGUCUUGAGGGAGGUGACGAGCGUCAACGACCGGCUCAUCGACAUGUUCCUAUCCUCGGGGGGUGCCUACCAUGCUGCAGCGGCAGCCGCGGCGCCCAGAGGCGGCGCAGGGGUGCACAGCAGCUACCCGGUGCCGCGAUCGCACUCGGGCGAGGCGCGGUCUCCCACACGGUCUCACGCCGAGGCGAGCAAGGACGCCGACGUCACAGCCAGUCAGGAGCUGCAGGCAUACCUCGUCGACAACAGCGCGCUGAACGCCAGCACCCGGGGGCUCAGCUAUAGGCGUAGCAAAGACAUGAAGGACGCGGACGGGGAGAGAUUCGCCGAGUGGAACAGCAUCGUGAACGGCGUCGACGAUGGCGACGGCUGGGUCCGGGUCGGCGACCGCUUCCUGCCGCUGCAGAUCGGGGGCGCCGCCGUGCUGAGGCCGCUCGAGCCGCAGCAGGCUGCGCGUCUGAGGGGCUCCCUGUCGGCGCCUGCCGUGGCCGCCGCGCGGGAGCGGAGCAAGCCCCACCCUGCGCUGGUGGACGCCGAGCUGCAGCGCCUCCGGCGGGUGUCGGCCGACCAGGCGUCGCAGCGUGCGGAGCAGCCCGCGCCGGUGACGGGGGAGCGGUGCGCCCAGCGACACGGCGCGGACCCGUUCCAGGAGGACCUCGUGCUGCCCGUGGGCGCCGUGUUGCGGGGCCUGCAGGCCACCGAGCGCUGCAGCGCGGCGCGCCGUACGCCGCUGCACCUGAUGUACGUGGUCCUCUUCACCAGCACCGUCUCCCUGGCGCUCGACGUCCCCUCCGCCUUCGAGGCCCAGCGCGGCGUGCUGCAGGGCCUGGGCGGCGGGGGCGCCGCCGGCGCCGGCGCCGGCGAGGCGGGCGCGCCUCCCGCGCCGCGCGUGCGCUUCGAGAACGUCAGCAGCCUGGCGGAGUUCUGGGGCUGGGCCGCGGAGGCGCUGUACCCGCAGGUGUUCGAGGCGGAGAGGUUCAACAACCUCGGCAACGGGUCCGAGGCGGUGUUCGCGGUCGCCAAGUACAACCACGUGGUGACCCCCGUUCGCUUCCGGCAGCUGCGCGCCAGGAGCGGACAGUGCACCUUCCCGGCCGACUCCCACGCGCUGUCCCAGCCGUGCUGGGUGGACUACGGGCCGGGGCGCGCGGAGGCGGGGCCCCUCGGGAGCCUGGACGUGGAGGACGGGCACGCGGUCGACCUGGAGCUGAACAGCUCCCUCGCGCUCGGGAGGCUCCAGGGCAUGGUCGCGGACAGGCUAUCAGCGCACGUGGAGGCCUGCUCCUGCUCGCUGAGCCCGUACGCGGGGCUCUGGGGCGAGGUGCACCUCAUCCUGGAGGUCUGCUGGGCUGUCGCGUACGUGGCCUACCUGGUCUACGCAGUGAUCGAUACGAGAAAUGGUAAGAGGAUCAUCUGGUUCCUGGAGGACAAGGAUGAGUUCCGCCAGCAGCACAAGACUGAGUUCAAGGAUCUGUAUACUCUGUGCGAGAGGUUCCAGUUCACGAGGGGAUGCGCUGGCUUCGGCACGCUGUGGCUGUUCAUGCUUACCACCCUUCGGGUUCGCAACUACUCGAGGCUCCGACUGAUCUUUCUGACGCUCACCAAUUCUGCUGGGGUGAUGAUUCAAGUAUGUUUCGCCGUGCUGGUGAGCGCCACGCCGUUUGCCUUUGCUGGGUAUUGGUUGUUCGGCGGCCGCGUCUACGCGUUCAGCAGCUGGCCAAGGGCAUUCGGGUUCCUCUUCCGAUCUGUUACCGAGGGCCUAGUCCCGCGUAACGACCGGCGAUCGCUGGGACCCCCCAGUGUUUUGGAGGAGAUGCGGCAGAACGGUCCCAUCAUGGCUGAUGUCUUGAGCGUUAGUUGGGUGCUGGUGUGCAAGCUGUUGUUCUACGGAAUGUUCGUCGCUUGCGGCGUGAAUUCUUUCAGGACAGCGAAGACCGUGUGGGCCAGGAGGAGAGAGCAGCUGACGGAGCACGGCUCCUACAACUUGAGAGACUUCCUGUUCGCCGAUUUUCUGAAGAAGUUCACCUUCCCCUCGCUGCGGGAGCCCGCGGAGCUGUACCAGAACGACAUCCGGGUGUGGAAGAGCUGCCUGGAGCAGGUCCGCCGAGCCGACCUGGAGUCCCUCGUCGGUGAGGCGCUGCGCCGCGACCAGCGGGCCCUCGAGGUCCGGGACGUCAUGCCGCUGUUCCGGAAGCGCGCCGACAGUGAGUUCGACACGUACCGCCGGGCAUCGCUGUGGGUCCGGGGCCUGCGCUCCGGGCUGCAGGACGCGGCCGGCUGGGAGCGCGCGCCCAGCGCCGGCGCGGAGCUGCGGGCGCUGCUCCGCAGGGUGGCGAGCCUCGAGGAGGAGACCAUGGGCCUCACGCUCCAGCUGCACGGCAACGUGGCGGAGGUGCCGCUCGCAGCCCCCAUCUGA